CAAGGACCGAUGCAGGAAGGAGGAAGCAGGGGCGAAGUUGUCGUGUGGCUGCUUCCUGGUACAAAUGGCGAGCGCCAUGAAAACAGGGUUAUUGACAUGGGACUUGACAAAAGUGCUAUUCUUAUUCAUUUGUAUUCACUUUACACGCCCGUUAAAUGCAGUGUCAGAGCCGGGGAAAUGGACCUUGACCGCCAACAGUGAAACUACAAAGAAGCAGAGCUUUUUCCUCUUCACCAAGACUAUGUUUAACAAUACUAGCAUUCAGCUGAAAUGGUUGACGGAACACUGUGACCCUCCGGUUAAACUCAACAUCUCCUGGUACCUAAGGAGCUCCCGCUGCUUUGACGAGGUGUUUGGUCUCGACCCUCUGAAGGCAGGGAGCUACUUCAGGACGACAGAUGUGAAACAGGAAGGAGGAAGUGGGUUCUAUGUGUUCCACCAGUACCCUGUCAUUGAGUGCAAACAGACCAUGACCCACAUUGAGCUCUCUCUCAACAAGUUUGAGGAGCCGACUAGGCUUACUGAGCCAGUUCACAAACAGCCUGUCACUGACAAGGACCAAGCGAUGAGGAAAAGGAGCAAUGAGGAUCCAAAGGAGGCACUUGCUGAGAAAAAUGCCCCUGUCAAAGCAGAGGCAACUGUGGCCACAGGGAAAGCCCCAGCCCCCGCUGCAAAGAAAGAAGUGCAGUUUGCAUCCCAGCACUUUGAUGCAGUGGCCCAGACCUGGGAUGAUGGCCCUUACAUGUUCAUCGUCCACAUCCAAGAGAUCAAGAAGAGCAGCGCUGCCACUGACUCUGUCCCAACACAGAACUGCAACAUCCAACUGCAAGUCAGUAUGAAAGGACCCCAUGACUACAUCUCAGCUUCGGAAUGGCCUCUUAUGAUCUUCUACAUGGUGAUGUGUGUCAUCUAUGUGUUGCUGGGCCUUCUGUGGUUGGGCCUGUCAGCCUGCUACUGGAGAGAGCUGCUCAGGAUUCAGUUCUGGAUCGGCGGGGUCAUCUUCCUGGGGAUGCUGGAGAAGGCCGUGUACUACGCCGAGUUCCAGAGCAUCCGCUACGACGGCCUCUCAGUCCAGGGGGCAGUAGUGUUUGCAGAGGUCCUAUCAGCAGUGAAGAGGACCCUGGCCCGUGUGCUCGUCAUCAUCGCCAGUCUUGGUUAUGGAAUUGUCAAGCCAAGGCUUGGUGCGUUGUUACACAGGGUGGUUGGGGUGGGACUGCUCUACCUUAUAUUCUCUGUUGUCGAGGGAAUCCUGAGGGUCAAUUCGGGUCAAGGGGGCAGUAGCAGACUACUGUGUGACAUUGUUCUGGCGUUCACUGACUCGUGUGUUGUGUGGUGGAUCUUUAUCAGCCUGGCUCAGACCAUGAAGCUCCUUCGCCUCCGAAGAAACGUGGUCAAGCUCUCCUUGUAUCGCCACUUUACCAACACCCUCAUAUUUGCCGUUAUUGCCUCAGUCAUUUUCAUUAUCUGGACGACAAAGACCUUCAAGUUUUCAAAGUGCCAGUCGGACUGGAAGGAGCUGUGGAUAGAAGAUGCCUUCUGGCGGUUCCUCUUCUCCACCAUCCUUCUGGUCAUCAUGUUCCUGUGGAGGCCUUCGGCCAACAACCAGAGAUAUGCCUUCAGCCCCCUAGUGGACGAUGAGAGUGACGACGAGGAAAAGGAACAGCUGAUGAAUGAUACAUUUGAGGGGGUGAAGAUGAGGGGUCUGAAGUCCGAGGCAAAUGGAACAGCCAAGCCCAACAAAGUGGAUGAGGAUCUGAAAUGGGUCGAAGAGAAUAUCCCCUCUUCAAUGUCAGAUGUUGCACUCCCACCUCUGCUGGACUCUGAUGAGGAGACCAUAACAACCAAAUUUGAGAUGUCCAAAAUGGAAUAGACGCAAGGGAGACGAUGCGUACUGCAGACAGACAGUGCAGCACGUUGGACAACCUUACGUCUGUGUAUGAAGGAUAUUGUUAUCCCUUCCUUAUGAGCUUUGUAAGCAGCGGUUGUAAAUACGAUGGGAUAAACUAUGACGUAAUGAGCAGACUACUUUUCUUUCUCUUUUUUUUGUAUGCCUUUUUAUUUAUAUUUUCAUGGAUAUAUGUGUUGGGGUUUUUUUUUUCAUUCGAGAUUAUUUACUACAAAUGGUAUCUUGCCUUUCACUGUUUACGUAGCUAAAGUGCAGAAUGUGAUUUAAAUGUGAUUUCCGCAAUGUUCUUUCUCCAAUAUGCAGCACAAUCAUACACACUCCCCACACACACUCAUUCUUUUGAUCUCUCUGACUGUCUGUCUGUCUCUCUUUCACUGUUAGACACACUGCACUACAGUCCCCGGUUCACCCUUUUUCUUUCGUUCUUCUACUUCCAUUAGUGACAUCUCACUGUUCUGUUUCCUCAUACAGCAGCCUUUUAGAGUGACCGUUAUCUAAGCGGGUGUAAUUCUCCAGACAUAGUCAACACACAGUGGACUUGCCUGAGGGCAGAGCAGCGUCACUGCAGGACUGUUUUAUUGUGUCUAUUCCCACUGAUAACAACCAACUAUCUGGUCAGCACAUCCAAUAAUGAUGGUGUUUUUCUUACAGCUGCAACUUUGUAUCAGUUAUAUUGCCAAAAAUACCUUUAAGUCAUAUUGUGAGCUUUUGUUUGUUAAUAAAUGAACCGCUAACACGCA